AGCACCUUUGAGAUGCCCAGGGAAGACAGGGCUACCUGGAAGUCAAAUUACUUCCUCAAGAUCAUACAACUUUUGGAUGAUUAUCCAAAAUGCUUCAUUGUGGGAGCAAAUAAUGUGGACUCCAAGCAGAUACAGCAAAUCUGGAUGUCCCUCCAUGGGAAGGCCAUAGUGUUGAUGGGAAAAAACAAAAACAAAAACCAAAAAACCACCAUAAUGCACAAAGCCAUUCUUGGGCAUCUGAAGAACAACCUUGCCCUGGAGAAGAUGCUUCCUCAUAUCCAGGGGAAUGUGGGCUUUGUGUUCUCCAAGGAAUACCUGAUAGAGAUCAGGGAUAUGCUUCUGGCCAAUAAGGUGCCAGCUGCUGCCCAUGCUUGUGCCAUUGCCCUAUGUGAUGUCACCAUGCCAGUCCACAACACUGGUCUGGGGCCUGAGAAGACUUCCUUCUUCUAGGCACUGGGUAUAACCACUAAGAUUUCCAGGGGCACCAUUGAAAUCUUGAGCGAUGUGAAGCUGAUUAAGACUGGAGACAAAGUGGCUGCCAGUGAGGCCGCCUUGUUGAACAUGCUGAACAUCUUCCCAUUCUCCUUUGGGCUGAUCAUUCAGCAGGUGUUUGACAAUGGCAGCAUCUACAAACUUGAAGUGCUGGACAUCACAGAGGAGACUCUGCACCUUCAGUUCUUAGGUAGUGUCCACAAUGUUGCCAACCUCUGUCUGCAGAUUGGCUACCCAGCUGUUGCAUCAGUCCACCACUCAAUCAUCAGUGGGAACAAGCAGGUCUUGGCUGUAGCAGUGGAGACUGACUACACCUUCCCACUUGCUGAAAAGGUGAAGGCCUUCCCGGCUGACCCAUCAGCAUUUGCAAUGGCCACCCCCACGGCCACUGCUCCAGCCAAGGUGGAAGCUAAGGAAGAGUCGGAGGAGUCUGAUGAAAAUAUGGGAUUUGGUCUGUUUAAUUAA